AUGGCAGUACUGGCGAAGCGACCCUGGGAGCUCGCUGACCGUGUUCUGAUCCAAACGAGCGGAUUGCCAAAGCUUCAAGACCUGUCGAAGGAGAUCCGGCUCCUGCACAUGCAACACGGCUUCAACGACGAUCCGAUUGUGUGCGACUACGUCGUCCAUCAUCUCGCCAAAGAGAGAAAGUACGUUGCCAUUUCGUACACGUGGGGCGACUCGACUCCCACUCGCGAAAUCGAAGUCGCAGGCCAGACCGUACGAGUGCACGAGAACUGCUUCCAGGCAUUGCGGCAAGCGAGAAACUAUUACCUGCCAACGGUCCAAAUCAAAGACCUCUGGAUUGAUGCAAUAUGCAUCGAUCAGAGCAAUCCAGUUGAGAAGAGCUUGCAGGUACAAUCCAUGAGCAGUAUCUUCGGACGUGCCCAUGUCGUGGCCGUGUACCUUGGCCUUGAUGAGACCACGAUU